AUGCUGCUCGACCGCCUUUCAUUGCCGCUCCUCAUCCAGCUCUUCUUUGCUGCAGUUGUCGUCCAUGUGCUGCGCAACAAAUAUGGCAACGGCAUCAACCAUAUCCCUGGGCCUUUCCUCGCGAGCUUCACCGACCUCUGGCGGCUUUGGAUAGUAUGGAAACGACGACCGGAAGUGGUGCACAUUCGACUCCAUGAGCGAUACGGCAAGAUCGUGCGCAUUGGGCCGAAGACGGUCAUCGUGUCCGACACGCAGGCCGCGAAGCAGAUAUACGCCCUCAACGCCGGCUUCGUCAAGUCCGACUUCUACCCCGUCCAGCAGACCAUCGCCAAAGGCCGGCCCCUGCUCACCAUGUUCAGCACCACCGACGAGGCCUUCCACGCGAAGCUGCGCCGCGCCGUGUCCAACGCCUACGCCAUGAGCACCAUCGUCCAGUACGAGCCGCUCGUCGACUCGACGACGACGGCCUUCCUGUCGCAGCUGGCACGCCGCUAUGCCGACCGCGGCCAGACGUGCGACUUGGGCACAUGGCUGCAGUACUACUCGUUCGACGUCAUCGGGGAGCUGACCUACUCGAAGCGGCUCGGCUUCGUCGACCGUGGCGAGGACGUGGACGGCAUCAUCCGCGACCUGGAGUGGCUGCUGGACUACGUGGCCGUGAUCGGCCAACUCCCCAUCCUCGACCGCCUCUUCCUCAAAAACCCCAUCCGCCUCUGGAAGAGCGCGCACGGCUACUCCAACUCCAACACCCCCGUCGUCGAGUUCGCCAAGAAGCGCAUGGCCGAAACCAGCUGGCGCGGCGACGUCGACGUCGACGUCCAAGACGAGAAAGGAGAACAUGUCGCUGUCGCACCGCACCACCAGCCGCAAAAACGCGACUUCCUCUCCCGCUUCCGCGACGCCCACCGCAAAGACCCCGCCUUCAUCGGCGAGGACCGCGUGCUCGCGCUGACCGUGGCCAACAUGUUCGCCGGAUCCGACACCACGGCCAUCUCGCUGCGCGCCGUGUUUUACCACCUGCUGCGGCGGCCGCACGCACUGGGCAGGCUGAUGGCUGAGCUGACGGCAGUGGAGGAGAGGAAGGCAAGGGAGAAGGAGGAGGUGAUGGGGAGGAAGAAGAUUGUGGAGGAGGUGGUGGAGGAGGAGGAGAAAGAGGAAGAGGGCCGGGAUGGCGGCGAGGACGAGCAGCAGCAGCAGCAGCAGCAGCAGCAGCACUUCGUAUCGCUGCGUUGGAGCGACGUGCGCGACCUUCCGUACCUGGGCGCCGUCGUCAAUGAGGCGCUGCGCGUGCACCCGGCCGCCGGGCUUCCGCUGGAGAGGAUCGCGCCGGAAGGGGGUGUCACGCUCGCCUGUGGCACCGGCGGUGGCGGCGGUGGCGGUGGCGGUACCACGUUCCUGCCUGCCGGUACGAAUGUGGGCUGCAGUGCCUGGGCGCUGCACCGCGAGUCGAGCGUGUUCGGCGCCGAUGUGGAUGCGUUCCGGCCGGAGCGCUGGCUCGAGGGGUCGGAGGCGCGCAGGGCGGACAUGAGAAACUGCCUGUUCGCGUUCGGGGCGGGCGCCAGGACGUGCGUCGGGAAGAACAUCAGCUUGCUCGAGAUUUACAAGCUGGUUCCGGCUGUGCUGUUGAACUUUGAGCUUGAGCUCGUCCGGCCGGACAGGGAGUGGACAAUUCACAACGCGUGGUUCGUCAAGCAGACCGGUUUCUUUGUCCGGCUUCGACAGAGGGGCCGGGUAGGAGGUGGGUAG